GCCACUUUUCCCCACACGCCGCUACUUGUCCACUCUACCCCUGCGACAGAUCGAGAUGCAGGUCUAGCUCCUCGCCGGCGGCCAUGGCGGAGGCAGCAAGGGGAGGGCCGACGCCUCCUCAUGAUGGCAUCCCGGAUGAGAUCCUCAUCUGGGACAUCCUCGUCCGCCUGCCCCCCAAAUCGCUCCUCCGCUGCCGCGCCGUCUGCCGCGCCUGGCGCACAGCCACCUCCGCCCGCGACUUCCUCAUCGCCAACCACGCCCGCCAGCCCACCCGCCCCUUCCUCUACGUCUGCAACCUUCCCCGCUACGGCUACUACAAGGUCGGCGGCGACAUAGACAUCAUCCCCUUCGACCACCGGGCCGCCGCCGACAAGCUCCAGCCCGUCGCGCGACUUGGCCGAGCCUCCGAAUUCAAAGAUCUGGUGGCCUCCUUUGACGGCCUCGUUGUCUUCGACUGGUGGCGCCGCAAGUUCUUGGGCAUCUGCAACCCAGCGACCCGUCAGUAUGCCCGCCUCAGGGUGCCUAUGGACUCCACGUUCUUGGGGAUGUACCGUCACCCCCCAACCGGCGAAUACAGGGUACUGAUGUACCGGUGUCCGGCAGCUGGGAGGGAAGCUGGCUGCUAUGUUUUAUCGUUGGGCUCCGGCCAACCGCCGAGAAGAAUCGUCAGGCCGGGGGAAGCGCAUAAAGAAGUCAUAUUCGGCACCAAGUAUGUGCUACUCCGUGGCGGGCUGCAUUGGCACCGGGUGCAGCAGCACGAGGGCGAAAGCAACAUGCUAAUCGUGUUUGACACCACGGCUGAGUCGUUCCGACAGAUGCGCGUCCCGAUUGUUCGUGGUUCUGCCAGGGAUGGGCUGUUUGAGAUGGAUGGAAUGCUCGGCAUGUCUAGCUUUAAUGACAAAGCGACAAACAUUGAUAUCUGGGUGUUACAGGACUAUGAAAGCGAGGUCUGGACCUUCAAAUGCCACAUUGAAUUGCCGCUUACAGAGAUUAGGGCGUCGUGUGGAAAACGCGACGACGAUGACUCUUGGGAAACGGUCGCGCCUGGGGAUGGUGAGUUGCUUGUGCUGGUCAAAUUUCCUGACUGGCUAGUUCAGGUUGACAUGGAUGGCAAGUUGGUCGCCACUUUCAAUCACACAGGUGUCGAACCUACUCAACUGCAGCUCAAACAAAGUCUUGUUCCGCAUGACUUCUUUCCAUCGCUACAUGGUUAUGUUGUGAAUGGUUGGCCUUUCACCUGAAGUCUGAUGAGUCCGCUGAUGCAUUUUAAUGUCCUGGAUGUUUGUAUCCUCAUGAGCUGCAGUAUGUAUGAAUUGGAUCCACUAUGAGCUGCGGUAUAUAUGAAUUGAAGGGUUUUGUCAGCUUCUUUUGCUGUUGCCCCCAGCAAGUACUUUAUUUUGUUGUACUUUCGAACCUUUAUGUUACUUGUGGACCUCCGUUUGCGGUGUGGUUGUGGCUUCA